AUAUUUUAAUUUCCCCCAAAUAACAAAAUUCCAACAGCUCCCCAUUCAUUCCCCCGUUUAUCGUUUAUCCAUCCCCAAUGGCACUCGAUAAGUGUAUGCAAUUGAGCAGCGCCGCCGCCACUCCCACUCCCAAGCCUCACCCAUUCUGUCCAAAUUACUACCACAACACAACCCUCUCCCUUCUCAAACCACAAAACAAAUUCCCCAGUAAUUGUAAUUCCAAUUUGAGAUUCAGGCUCGCCUCCACAUUCAGAAACAGAAGAUGCUCCCCUGUCUCCUGCAAGGCUCGUGGCGCCGUGGACGACGUGAAGGAGGUGACGGAAUCGAGCUGGGAGGAAAUGGUGGUGGGAAGUGAGAAGACGGUGCUGGUGGAGUUCUGGGCGCCGUGGUGCGGGCCGUGCCGUAUGAUAGAGCCAGUGAUCAAGGAAUUGGCGCAGGAAUAUGCAGGCAAAAUUGUGUGUUUGAAGCUCAAUACGGACACCAGCCCCAACGUGGCCUCCAAAUAUGGGAUUAGGAGCAUUCCCACGGUUCUGUUCUUCAACAAUGGCCAGAAGAGAGACAGCGUCAUUGGGGCUGUCCCCAAAUCAACCUUGUCCGCCACCAUUGACAAGUAUCUCCAACCUUGAACUUUCAACACUCCGCAUCAUCACCACACCUUCUUCCAAUCUUCUUCUUUUUAUGUGUAUAUCGUCCUCUAUAAAUGCAAAACCUUCUAAUUCUAUCGUUCCAUUCAUCCA